AAUCACCGUUACGGCCACUAUCCAAAUCCCCGCGUCGCUGCGCGCCGCCCGCCCGCUCCCAAGCCUCAGCCACCGGCGGCGAAUAGAGACUAAAGCGGCAGCGCCGGCAGCGCGGGGCCUGCCGUGGCCCAGUGUUUGCAGUUAGAGCCCCACCUCUCUGGCGUGGUUGUUAAUAGACUGGAAAGUCUGUGUCUGUGUCGCUCACUAGUAACCGUGAGUUUUUACCACUUCGUCACCUCUCGGCGGCGGCCGGGAGCAGGUACCCGCAGGCGGCGCAGGGAUCCUCCCCGCGCCCCGCCGCCGCCGCCGGCCUCGCAGACCUGCCCUCCAGCCCCGCCCCGUUCUUGACCAAACAUGACAGACUCUGAACAUGCAGGGCACGACAGAGAAGAUGGUGAAUUAGAAGAUGGUGAAAUAGAUGAUGCAGGAUUUGAAGAAACACAAGAACAGGAAGCAAAAGAGGAUGAAAAGCAGAAAAAUGAGAAAGCCUACAGAAAAUCAAGAAAAAAACAUAAGAAAGAAAAAGAGAAGAAAAAAUCUAAAAGAAGAAAACGUGAGAAACAUAAGCAUAAUUCUCCAUCCAGUGAUGAUAGUUCAGACUACAGCCUUGAUUCAGAUGUUGAACACUCAGAAAGCUCCCACAAAAAAAGAACUGGUUUCUACAGGGAUUAUGACAUUCCAUUUCCUCAGCAUGGACAUAUAUCAGGAAGCUACAUGACAUCAAAGAAGAGUCAACACAACAGAAAAUUUAGAAGUAAAGACUAUGAUGAGUACAGCACCUACAGCGACGACAACUUUGGUACCUACAGCGACGACAACUUUGGUACCUACAGUCAGGAAGCAGAGGGAGACUUUGCCAGUCAGCUGAAACAAUACAGGCAGACUAAAGAAACCUCAAGUACUGCUUUAGGAUCAUCAUUUUCCAAAGAGCCAGGGAAAAAACAAAGAUUGAAAGGAAUUCAUCAAGGUAUUGAACAGAGGGUUAAAAGUUACAAUAUUGGUCGUGGACGCGGUUUGCCGAAGAAAAUCAAACGCAAAGACCGUGGGGGAAGAACCAAUAAAGGGCCUAGUAUGUUUCAGGAUGACUUUCAAGAGUAUAGUAAACCAGGAAAGAAAUGGAAGGUUAUGACUCAGGAAUUUAUAAACCAGCACACAGUGGAACAUAAAGGAAAACAAAUCUGUAAAUACUUUCUGGAAGGGAGAUGUAUUAAGGGAGAUCAAUGUAAAUUUGAUCACGAUGCAGAGUUGGAGAAGAGAAAAGAGAUCUGCAAAUUUUAUUUACAAGGAUAUUGUACCAAAGGAGAGAACUGUAUUUAUAUGCAUAAUGAAUUUCCAUGCAAGUUUUACCAUAGCGGAGCAAAAUGUUACCAAGGAGACAACUGUAAAUUUUCACAUGAUGAUCUGACUAAAGAAACAAAGAAACUUUUGGACAAAGUGUUGAACACUGAAGAAGACCCUACAAAUGAAGAUGAAAGAGAAUUAGAAGAACUCAGAAAGCGUGGCAUAACUCCCCUCCCCAAACCGCCUCCAGGAGUUGGGCUUCUGCCAACCCCAUCAGAGCAUUUUCCCUUCUCUGAUCCUGAAGAUGAUUUUCAAACAGAUCUCUCUGAUGAUUUCAAGAAAAUUCCAUCUCUUUUUGAAAUAGUUGUAAAACCUACUGUGGAUUUAGCACAUAAAAUUGGGAAGAAGCCACCAGCAUUUUAUAACAGUGCCUCAUCACCAGGACCACAAUUUCAGGAAAGCAGCCCACAUCCUCAACAUAUCUAUAGUUCUGGGUCAAGUCCAGGUCCCGGACCCAAUAUGUCUCAGGGACACAAUAGUCCUGUGAUGCACCCAGGCUCCCCUGGACAUCAUCCAUGUCCAAUGCCGCAGAGCCCCCCUUUACCGCCUGGUCCACCUGGAAUUGUAGGCCCUCACAGUCAAGCGGGAGUACUUGUUCAACCGGAAACACCUUUGACACCACCAAGUAUGAGUGGUGCUUACCAUUGCCCAGGCUUCCCAGAGCACAUGAUGAAAGUACCUAGAGAGAAUCACUGUUCUCCAGCUUCGUCACACCUGCAAAGCCCUGGUGAGAUGCAGCUCAGUACCAACUAUGAGUCCCUUCCAAACACGGCUGAGUUUUAUGACAGUUACUAUUCACAGCAUGCUGUGCAUAAUUUUCAGCCAUCCAAUAAUUCUGGUGAUGGGACGUGGCACCAUGGAGAAUUUGCCCAGCAUCAGCCUCCCGUUGUUCAAGACUCACCUAACCACGGGAGUGGGUCUGACAGCGGCGGUAAUGUAACAUGCCCUGGUGCCCUGCCUGCCCCAGGUCUCCCCCCUGCAGUGCAGAGAGCUCUUUUUGUCAGACUUACUCAGAAAUACCAAGAAGAUGAAGAUCCAGGCAGCACUCAGCCUCAGAGGGCACUAAGCAAAGAAGAAGAUGAUACUGUUAACUGGUAUUCCAGUAGUGAAGAGGAAGAAGGAAGCAGUGUCAAGUCGAUACUGAGAACAUUACAGAAACAAACAGAAACUUUAAGGAAUCAACAACAACCUUCCACAGAACUCAGCACUCCUACUGAUCCAAGACUUGCUAAAGAGAAAAGUAAAGGAAACCAAGUUGUUGACCCCAGACUUCGGACUAUCUCAAGGCAUGACCUUAGAAAAUCUUCUGAGUCUACCCCACUGGAUCUUAGACUUGCGUGGGAUCCCAGAAAAUUACGCGGGAAUGGAAGUGGUCAUGUAGGCUCUUCGGUUGGUGGAGCAAAGUUUGAUUUACAUCAUGGAAACGUUGGCUCUAAUGUCAAACACAAAAGAGGAGAUGAUGAUGAUGAAGACACAGAAAGAGAACUGAGAGAAAAAGCGUUCUUAAUACCUUUGGAUUCUUCCCCUGGUGUAAUGCUCCAGGAUCCAAGGUCACAACUGAGGCAGUUUAGCCACAUUAAAAUGGAUAUUAUCCUAACCAAACCCAACUUUGCAAAACACAUCGUGUGGGCUCCAGAAGACUUACUUCCAGUCCCUUUACCUAAACCUGAUCCAGUAUCUUCAAUCAAUUUACCUCUGCCCCCUCUGAUAGCUGACCAGAGGCUCAGUAGGUUAUGGAAUACAAAAAGUGAUCUUCAUCAAAACACAGUGCCCAUUGAUUCAAAAUUAGCAGCCAAAGCGAAAAUUAGCACAACAAGCAGAGAAGGCUACCUAGAGCAACUGGGAGACCUGCAUGGUUCAGGAAGUAAAUUGGGAGAUCCUAGGCUGCAAAAAAAUUUUGAUCCUAGACUUCACAGACUGCAUAAUACAGAGUCUCAUCAAGCAGUUAUGAAGGAUUCACAUACAUCAAAGAGUGCCCCUCAUUUAGCCAGAUCAAAUGCUGGCUCAUCCCAGCCCUUAGGGGCAGUCCCUAGCAGCUCUGGUCCCGGUUUGCCUCCAUAUGCCCCUAAACUCUCCUCUUCAGCUGGCCUUCCCCUGGGAACCCCAAGCUCAGUUCUUAGUGGUAUUAGUUUGUAUGACCCUAGGGAGCAGGGUUCACCAUCUGCAUCAGAGCUAGUGAUGGAAAAUACAGAGAACCAGAGAAAAAGUGGUAGUUUAAAAAGUAGUGACAGAAAUGAGCCUUCUCCUGGAGAAGCAGUCCUGCCACAGAAGAUCGCUCCAAGUGUGGAUGUGACUGUUGAGGGCCCGGCGGACCCACAGGCAGAUCCUGUCAGGGGUUCCGGUGUGGUGCAGGUCCCAGCAGUGCACAGUCUUCCCAUCCAGGCGUUAACAGGCUUAAUCAGACCCCAGUACAGUGACCCGAGGCAGGCGAGGCAGACGGGACAGGUGAGCCCCACCCCAGACGAUGACCCCAGUAGAGAAACCGAUGACAAGUCUCUGAAAGAGGUUUUUAAAACUUUUGAUCCAACUGCUUCACCGUUCUGUUAGCUGUUGUGUAACUCCACAGUUCUUUUCACUCUUGUGACUGUUGCAGUCCUCUGCUGUUUUGUAACUGGUUUACCUCUAUAGUUUAUUUAUUUUUAAAUUAUAAACACUUUUCAGCUGCUAGUAUCAGAACCACAUGAAGUUAUAUCCUCUAAAGCCUGUGGAAUUUUAUAUAAUAUUUUUAUAACUUUAAGAGACUGUAGCAAUUGACAUAGAAACCUAUAUAUCAUGUUAGCUUCAGUAAAAAUACUUUUAUUGUAAAUAAACCAUCAUGAACUCAACACUCUGCCUGCAUAUAUAUAUGCCAGUUGUCUUUCAUAAUCAGUGUUUAGAUAAAUGAUUACCACUUUUAUAUGGUUGUUAGUUUCAAGCAAUAUAAUGUACAUUACUUUUGAGAAACAGUAUUUUGACUAGGAUCCUCUCUUUGUGAACACAGAAUUGAUUAAUAUGUAAUGCUAACUGCUAGCUAAACUGUAAAAUGAAGUAAAGAAAACAUUUUUAAUCUCAAUUAGAGCAGUUCAUUUAGUUAAGGGGCAUCACUUUUAUUAGUACUGGCAAUAUUAUUUGUGUAAAUGAAGCAUUUGAAUGUCAUAUCUUUUAAAGGUAUUUUACAGUAUACUGUAUCAUAGAAGUUGGAGAUACAUAAAUAGAAUGUUUUGCUAAAGUGAAAAAUUCCCAAUUCCUCUAACAUAACUUUUUAAAUUUUAAUUUUUCACAUUAACUAGUUAUGAGUUACUGCUGUUAUAUUAUGAUGUUUAUACAUUUCGAUUUUUUUGUCUUUAGCAGCAUAAUUUAUAUUACUUUUUCAAAUUAUGUAGCUGCAAUAAUUGUAUUCAUCAUGACUUUGGCAAUUUUUAACAGAGUUUUAAAAGAUCCAGUGAGAGCCUUUAAUGAUUAUUGCAUUGAUAAUGUUUUAAAUGUCCAGGUUCUAUACUUUUUCUUAAAUAGCAAGAAAACACAGAGAUGGUAUAGUCAACUGUAUAUGGCUACCAAUAAAGAAUUUCUUUCAGAUCU